AUGGAGACUGUACGUUGUGUGAAAUAUCAUAUCUUGCAUGAACAGCAGUGGUUGGGGCCGAUUGUGCCAGGUCGGGGGCUUAGGCAGGGGGACCCGCUCUCACCGUAUCUCUUCUUAAUGGUUGCAGAAGGUCUGAGUGCACUAAUAGAAAAUCGGGUGAACAGGGGUUUGAUACACGGACUUAGGGUGGCAAGGGGUGCACCGCCUAUUUCCCACCUUUUGUUUGCGGAUGACUGUUUCCUAUUUAUGAGAGCAACAACGGAGGAGAGUAUUCAGAUGAAGGAGGUUUUGGAUGUGUAUGCUUUGGCGUCCGGACAGUUGGUAAAUUAUGACAAGUCAGUUUUAUGUUUUAGUGCAAAUGUGGCCCAGCAUAGCAGGGAGAAUGUGGUUAACGUACUGGGGGUGGCGCAAGGGGACACUGCAGGGAGAUACUUGGGGCUACCUUCACUGGUAGGCCGUAAUAAAAAAGCUAUCCUCGGGUUUCUUAAGGAUAGGAUUCUCAAUCGGGUAAGAAGUUGGAACUCUAGAUUUUUAUCAAGAGCUGGUUGGGAGGUGUUACUGAAAAAUGUGUUACAGGCAAUGCCGUGUUUUGCAAUGAUGGUUUUUGCGCUCCCUAUCACCAUGUGUAAGGAGAUUGAAGUAAUGUUAAACCGGUAUUGGUGGACUGGCUCUAUAGUGAAUGCAAAGGGGAUAAGGUGGAAGGCAUGGCAGGCCGUGAGUGUGCCCAAGGCGAAGGGGGGUCUCGGGUUCAGGCGGUUACGGGAGAUGAAUCUUGCCUUGUUAGGCAAGCAAGCAUAG